GAUUAUUUCUCUUGCCGUGCCAGAAGAGACCAACUGGGAGUGAACAUUUGUAUGUAUUUAUUCUGUAGACCCUUUAAAUUAAAGUACUUCAGUACAGAAUAGGAAAUAGUCUAUUUAAUUUGUUUGCUUAUUAAUUUCAUCUCUCUGAAGGGAAUACAUUACUUGCUUAUACAAUCCUAAUUCAUCAGUUCAUCAGCUCCAGUAUGGAACUUUUUGUCCCAGAAGAAGAAGCCUCAUCUCGGACCCCCAGCCAGCCCCAGGCUCCUGAGGAGUGACCCCGACACUGGAGGAGCUCAGGUGCUGUGGAUGGCCUGCUGCCAGUGCUUGGGGGUGGGGGAGGACACUGGGCGCUUCGUGCUCCUGGCCAUGGCCAUCCUGCUGUACCUGCUAGGUGGUGCAGGGGUGUUUUCAGCUCUCGAGGCACCGCUGGAGCUGCAGGUGAGGGAACGCUGGGCGGCACGCCUGCGCAGCUUCAGCCACAGCUUUAACAUCAGCCAGCAGGACCUCAGCAGCUUCCUCAGGAGCUACGAUGAGGCUAAGCUGGUUGGUAUUAGGGUGGACUCCAGCAGGGCACGCUGGGACUUCGCCGGGGCGUUCUACUUUGUUGGAACUGUGGUGUCCACCAUCGGUUUCGGGAUGACCACUCCUGCCACUACUGCAGGGAAGAUGUUUCUGAUCUUCUAUGGUCUUAUCGGAUGUGCUGCUACCAUCCUGUUCUUUAACCUCUUCCUGGAGCGCGUCAUCACUGUUAUUGCAUUUGUGUUGAAGUUCUGCCAUGAGCGCAGACACCAGCUCAAAGUCGCUCUGCCUGAGAACGGCCACAGAAGACCUGCAGCUGAUGACCAUUGUUCAGGAAGGAGGGAUAGUUUGACUGGUUGGAAACCAUCGGUUUACUGCGUCAUGGUCAUUCUGGGAGCAGCAGCUAUACUGGUUUCAUGCUGUGCUUCAGCCAUGUACUCAGCGGCUGAGGGCUGGAACUACCUGGACUCGCUCUAUUUCUGUUUUGUGGCCUUCAGCACCAUUGGGUUUGGAGACAUGGUGAGCAGUCAGAGGGAUUUUUAUGACAGUCAGGUGGCCUACAGGGUGGGCAACUUCCUCUUCAUCCUUACUGGUGUCUGCUGCAUCUACUCACUAUUUAAUGUCAUCUCCAUUGUCAUCAAGCAGGUUCUGAACUGGCUGUUGAGGCGUCUGGAGGCUCCCUGCCUUUGCCCAGGCAGAGGGAGUCGCAGGAAUGUUGUAGUACCCGGGCACCUGAGAGCCAGACGUGGCCCAUCCAUCGAAACUGAUGCUGUCAAUGAAAGCGAAGGAGAAGGACGCCGGAUGUCCGGGGAGAUGAUCUCCAUGAGGGAUUUCUUGGCUGCUAACAAGGUCAAUUUGGCCAUCAUGCAGAAACAACUGUCUGAAAUGGCCAAUGGACAUCCUCCACGAACCUCAGCCAGUUCGUGCCACAAUGGCUUCUCUGGAGGAGUAGGAGCACUGGGAAUCAUGAACAAUCGCUUAGCUGAAACCAGCGUGGACUGACACAACAGCUAUAUACUCGCUGUUGCAAUAAUCAAACAGCCAUGUUCAGGUCCAGUUCUGUACGACCAGCAAUUCCAGCAGUCCACCAUAGUUAUUCUAGUGUGACCAAAUAUCUAUCUUUAUAGCAUCAGUUAUGUCAGUCUGGUGGGUUUGUUGCUAAACAUGUCAAAAUGACAUCAUUGUGUUUGUCACAUGUUGAGACAGAAAACUGUCAAAAGCAAUGACAAUUGGUGUGACAUCAAAAGCAAAUCAUACUACACUUGUAUAAAAGUAAAUUAUACUACACUGACUUCACAGUGUGAUUGGUUGGCACGAUAAUGGCACUCUUCAAGUAUUUUUUCACAAAAUACACACAAAAGUUGUUGUUUUUUUUUCACAGUCAAAAAGCGAGAAUUAUUCUAGAUUGCCUUGGUAUGCGUAUGUUUUAGGUAAAUGUAUGAGGGUAUGUUGGUUAAAUGUGAUUGAUUGUGUACAGUGUUGAUUGUUAACCCUUUGGAUUCUAAAAAGACACUAUUUGAGUAAAUUCAUUGUACUAACAACAGAAUGAUGAUGUUAUAGGUUAUAGGUUAUGAUAUUUUAGUUCUCAAUGUACAUCAGACACUCCUGCUCUAACACAUCUACUAAAUGUGGUAAUUAACUGCUGAGCUGAUAAGUUCAUUUGUAGCACAGUUCAUUUGUAGUAAUAAACUGCUCUCUUAACUGAAACACCUUAGAUGUCAGAGUUGUCGACAGGAAUUACAUUUUAUGCUGAAAUUUUGAAUGACACUGUGAAUCCAUUCCCUUCCCCUAUUAUAUCUGUAAUGAGAGGGGAGAUAUGAUUAUAUCUCAUUUUGCAGAAGGAAAUAAACAUAAUUUUCAUUGUUGUUUUUUUGACACUGAAACAUAAUCCAUGUUUAUACAAAAUUUGAAUAAAUGAAUGUUCAAUAAAUAAUGUUUAUAAUAUGUAAAA